AUGUCUACGCCGAGCCAGACUCUCACUCUCCCAAGUGCCAAGCCCUACGCUUUCCAGUUUCCACUUGCCACCACCGCUCUGAUUAUCAUUGACAUCCAGAGGGACUUUGUCGACCCCGGCGGCUUCGGCUCCGUCCAGUGCGGCAACGAUGAAAUCUUUUCCAGGGCCCGCGCCAUUGUCCCCACCGUCAGGAAAGUCCUCGAUGUUUUUCGCUCCGUUGGGGGCCAUGUGAUACACACCCGCGAAGGACACCAACCGGAUCUCGCAGACCUGCCGGCCGCAAAGAGGCUCCGCCAGAUCUCGUCUCCCCAUGGCCACCACACCAUGGGCAUCGGUGACCAAGGCCCCAUGGGCCGGCUCCUGGUCAGGGGCGAGUAUGGCCACGACAUCAUUGAUGAGCUGACGCCGUGGCCUGGCGAGACGGUGAUUGACAAGCCUGGAAAGGGGAGCUUUUGGGGAACUGACAUACACCGGGUCUUGCUUGCUCGGGGCGUGACUCACCUGUUGUUUGCCGGAGUCACUACCGAAUGCUGUGUCACCACAACAUUGCGAGAGUGCAAUGAUCGCGGCUACCAGUGCUGCGUGCUCGAUGACUGCACCCAGGGCUUUGAUGCCCAGCAGGUGGCCACGUCGCUGGACACCGUCAGCGGCCAAGACGGCCUCUUCGGCUUCGUGGGCACAAGCGCCGAUUUCUUCACGGCAAUCAACGAGUCGCUGACGCAGCUCACGCCGCCGGCGACGCCCCCUCUGCUGGGCGACGACGGCCUACCGCCAAUCGACGAACUCAUCUCACGCUACAAGAAAGGCAUCACAUCACCUGCCGAAGUCGUCAACUUUGUCUUUGACCGCAUCGAGAAAUACCACGCCACUGACCCGGCUGUUUGGAUCCAUCUCGAAACUAGGGAAAAGGUGCUGCAAGACGCAGAGAAGCUGGCCUCUCGACACUCGGGCAAGCCGCUGCCGCCGCUGUACGGAGUUCCGUUCUCUGUGAAAGAUACCAUCGACGUCAAUGGCGUGCCGACGACGGCCGCCUGCCCACAGUACGCGUACACGGCCACUUUCAACUCACCGGCCGUCCAGUACGUUCUCGACGCCGGCGGCAUCUUCAUCGGCAAGGUCAACCUGGACCAGCUGGCCACGGGGCUGUCCGGAUGCCGGUCGCCGUAUGGCAUCACGCACAGCGUGUUCAGCGAGAGGCACAUUUCGGGCGGGUCGUCGUCGGGGUCCUCAGUCUCGGUCGGCGCCGGCCUCGUCUCGUUUGGCCUGGCGACGGACACGGCUGGCAGCGGGCGAGUUCCGGCAGCAUUCAACGGCAUCGUCGGCUUCAAGCCAACCAAGGGCACCGUGUCCGCCAAGGGCCUCGUGCCGGCUUGCAGGACGCUCGACACAAUAACCGUCGUUGCGCCGUCGGUUCCGGACACCCGAAAGGUGUGGCGGAUCAUAGCCAGGCACGAUCCCGACGACCCCUUCUCCAAGCUGCCCCACACGCUUGUGACGUGGAAGGUCGACUUUCGCGGCCCGCGCUUGGGCGGCUUCACCUUCGCCGUCCCUCCUCCGUCCUCGCUUGAAGUCUGCACCAAGGCAUACCAGGACCUCUUCAGCCAAGCCGUGAAGCUACUCCGGUCGUGCGGGGGGCGCCUUGUCGAAGUCGACUACACGAUCUUCGAAGUUGCCGGGGACUUGCUCUACGAAGGCGCCCUCCUCCACGAGCGCAUGACGUGCCUGGGCCUGGAAUUCCUGCAGACAAAGCUGGAAGAGCUGCACCCGGUCAUCAAAGCGCUCUUUGGCGGCGCGCUCGAGAAGCCGCCGUCGGCGUACGACGUGUUUCGCGACCAGGCGCUGCAGAUCCAGCUGACACGCAAGGCCCAGCAGACGUUCGACACGCUGCGCGGCGGCAUCGACGUGCUGGUGGUGCCGACGACGACGCAACACCCGACCAUCGAGCAGAUGACGGCGGACCCGCUGCGGCUCAACUCCAAGCUGGGCACCUUCACGCACUACGCCAACGUCGUCGACCUGUGCGGCGCCAACGUCCCCGCCGGCACCUAUGUCGACGAGCUGGGUGCCGGGCUGCCCUUUGGCAUUACCAUUCUGGGCGGCGCCGGGUACGACGCCAAGGUGCUCGACAUUGCGGGCGUGGCCGAGGCGACGUUCAAGGAGGCGUUCGCCAAGGCGUGA